AUGGUAUCUACAAGUACCACUCAUCCUCUCUCCGAUUUCCCAAUUUCUGAGAACAGUGGGAGUUCUCCUUCAAUGGGCGACUUAGCUAUAGACGAAUCUGAAUCACCUCAAAUUGCCUUCGAAUUGCGAACGAUAACCCGCCAAAGACAAAUUAUAACUCUCAUCUCAAGUUUUCUGACAAUAUGCGUUACUGUUGGUCUUAAUCAGUCCUAUGGCGUCUUUCAAAGCUACUACAUUUCCUCAACUCAAACUAUGCUUCCAAAGACCACGAGCAACGAAGGUGCCUUGGUAGCUUUUGUGGGAACACUCGGGUCUGGUCUUACAUGGGCGGGUAGCAUUGUGGUAAAUCCAUUGAUGGCAAGACUAGGUGUAAACGGCUCGAGACAUAUCUGUAUGAUGGGAGUUGCCUGCAUGAGCUUAGGGUUUGUAUUGGCUAGUCUCUGGCAACUUUUAUUGACGCAGGGUUUACUAUAUGGCAUCGGAUCAUCGUUUCUCUACUAUCCGAUUCUCAGUACAGCACCCGAAUACUUUACCACUCAUCGAGGAUCAGCCAUGGGAUUCAUUCUGUCGGGCGCUGGAAUUGGAGGACUUCUCUUCUCACCCUUUAUACGCUUUCUUUUAACGUCGAUAGGUCCAAGGUGGACAUUACGUCUACUUUCUUUCCUCGUGCUCGUAAUCGCUUUACCGAUUGCUACCACAGCAGCUCCGUCACGAUUUAUUGGAAAACGACAAACUCAUGUCAAUCUCAAAUUGGCAAUGAAGCCUGCAUUUAUCUUCAGUGUUGGGGCUGGUUUCUUGCAGGCUGGAGGUAAUGGACUACCGCUCACGUUCCUGGCAGAGUACUCGGUAGCUCUGGGUUAUACAUCGUCUUUUGGUGCGACGCUACUCGCUGUUUCGAAUGGCGUUAAUUCUAUUAGUCGAGUUAUGACGGGAUAUGCGGGAGAUAAAUUUGGUAGACAGAAUACGCUAAUUCUAACGGUUAUCUUGUGCGUCAUAUCCGUAUUAGGAUUCUGGCUAGGUAGCACUACUGCGAAUGGUAACAAAGUGCUUUGGUUACUUUUUGUGGUGUUCUAUGGAAUUGCUGGCGGCGGUUACAAUGCUCUGUUUCCAACGGUAUGUCUGUUCAUCCCUUCCUCAUUUCAUCCUAUUCAGUCUUCUAUACAUCGCUUACAUACAAAUCGAAAGACUGUGGCGGAAGUGUUUGGACUCCAGGCCUAUGCUAGUGUCAAUGGGUUUAUCUAUUUCGUGAGAGGUCUCGGAACGAUGUUCGGAAGUCCGGUUGGUGGUAAAAUUCUUGGGGAAAGCAUAUUAGGAAAUUAUCGUGGGGUGGUCUUGUUUGAUGCGGCACUUUUGUCUGGUGCUACUUUUUGUGUUAUUGCUGUGCGACUUUUCGACUCGGUGGAAAAGAAGUCGUGGAAAUGGAAAGCAUAA